CACUGCUCUCGCUUCCUCCCUUGAUGUACCUGCGGACGAUUGUCCGGCGACUGGUCUUUGGCGUAUGCGAGCCGAUCGCUUCAAGACCUCCCUCCAGUUCAUCAACGUUUCCUAUGGCGAUCUCUACGGCGCCCUCGACGCCACCAAAGCCGCCGACUACACCCUCUUUGUGCUUUCCUCGACCCAAGAAGUGACAUCAUGGGGCGACACCCUCCUCCGUGUUCUGCAGGCCCAGGGUAUCCCCGAUGCCGUCCCCGUGCUCGCCGCAGACGCUUCCCUCGACGCCAAGUCCCGCUCCGCCGUUCUCAAAUCCCUCCUCUCCUUCAUCCGCUACUUCACCCCCUCUGCGAACCGCGUCUUCGACCUUCACGGCGCGUCCGAUGCGCUCAGUGCGCUGCGUGCGCUUGCAGAGGGCGUCCCGGACCAGGUACGCUGGCGCGCCGGCCGGCCCUACCUGCUCGGCGAAGAGGUGCACUACGUCGAGGACGCUGGAGAGCUCGCAGUGACCGGCGUCGUUCGCGGCGCACCCCUCUCCGCCAACCGCCUGAUCCACGUACCCGACUUCGGUGACUUCCAGGUCGCGCGGAUUAUGAGUGCAAAUCGGUCGCGUGGAGGCAUGGAGGUCGAGCCAACGCUGCUGGCUGAGCCGGCGGAGGAUGACGCGGAGUCGUUGGUUUCGAGCAAUGACCCGGAUGACAUGGCGAACGAACAGACGUGGCCGACCGAGGAGGAGAUGAACGGCGCGGCGCGGAUCGUGGAGGGCGAGCAGCAGCCGGAAGUGCCGAAGAAAAGGCGGCGGAAGCUGCCCAAGGGGACGAGCGAAUAUCAAGCCUCCUGGAUCAUUGACGACGACGAUGUGGACGGUAAAGAGGGCGAUGAAGGCAGCGAGGACGAGGGCGCUGAGGAGGAUGGUGCCGCGGACGACUCGAUGGAGGUUGAAGACCGCGCGAUGUCCGAGGUCGAGGAUGACAUGGAUCUGGACAGCCGGAAGAGCGUAGCUUUCGAGGACUUGGACGCAGAGGAGGAAGAGAAGCAACUUGCUUCGUGGCGAUCCCGCGAGCGCGAAGAGCAGGACGACGCUGCAUUCCCCGACGAAGUCGACACUCCGCAAGAUGUUCCCGCUCGCACUCGCUUCCAGCGUUAUCGUGGUCUGCGGUCCUUCCGCACAAGCCCCUGGGAUCCGUACGAGAAUCUGCCCCGAGACUACGCCCGUAUCUUCCAGUUCGACGACUUCAAGCGCGUUGAGCGGAACGUCAAGAGGCGAACGGAGUCGGAUGCCACUGGCGUGCAGCCUGGCACCCGCGUCACGGUGUACAUCAAGGGCGUACCUCGCGAGGCUGCAAAGACGCCGCUGACCAUCUUCGGUCUCUUGCAGUAUGAACACAAGAAGACCGUCCUCAACUUCAGUGUGCAGCGUAACACCGAGUACGACGGCUCUGUGCGGUCCAAGGACCCGCUCAUCCUCUGCGUCGGCCCCCGCCGUCUGCGCGUGAACCCCGUCUAUAGCCAGCUCACCCGCGGCGGCGGUAAGGGCACGAACAACGUGCACAAGUUCGAGCGCUACCUCCGCCACGGAACCACCGCCGUAGCCACCAUCUACGGGCCUGUCACCUUCGGCGCGCAGCCGUGCUUGUUGCUCCGCGAGACGGAGGACGUGCAGGCACCGCACCUUGUCGCCACGGGCACGUUCACAAACACCGACACGACAAGGGUGGUGGCGAAGAGGAUCAUCCUGAGCGGUCAUCCGUUCAAGGUACACAAGAAGACAGCCACGGUGCGGUAUAUGUUCUUCAACCCAGAGGAUAUCCGUUACUUCAAGCCAAUUCAGCUGCACACGAAGUACGGGCGUGUGGGACACAUCAAGGAGUCCUUGGGUACGCACGGCUACUUCAAGGCGUACUUCGAUGGACCGGUCACGCAGAUGGACACGGUCUGCAUGUCGUUGUACAAGCGCGUGUUCCCUCGGUGGGCGACGCUGUACAAGCCGCAGGAGAGCAAGGCAACGAUCGAGGAUUCGGCCAGGAUGGAAGAGUAGACGAGUUUGGUAUAUUCCUAAUGUCAUUGUACCUCACCGUUAGUAUGUAUGUAAGGGCCUGUUCGGG